UUAAAAUCCACGCAAAGAAGAAGGCCGAGCAUUGUUCCGGGUGGCAGCGUGUCCGCGCUUCGCAUUAUCCAUUGGUUCGUCUUUAUACAGCAGAAUCAUCGUCUGGCUCGCUUGAAAGACUCUGAACAUGGUGAAACUGUCCGCGGAGCUGAUCGAGCAGGCUGCUCAGUUCACGAACCCGGUCCGAGACAGAGAACUCGAUCUGCGCGGCUAUAAAAUCCCAGUACUGGAGAACCUCGGAGCCACGCUGGACCAGUUUGACACUAUCGAUUUCUCGGAUAAUGAAAUAAGGAAGCUGGAUGGAUUUCCAUUGCUCAAGCGGCUGAAAACGCUGAUGCUGAACAACAACAGGAUCUGCCGACUAGGUGAGAAUCUGGAGACUGCGCUGCCAUGUCUGAGAGAAUUGGUCCUCACAAACAACAACAUUCAGGAUCUGGGUGACCUGGACCCUCUGGCCUCAAUUAAGACGCUGACCCUCCUGAGCCUUUUAAGGAAUCCUGUCACAAACAAGAAACAUUACCGGCUCUAUGUCAUCAACAAGCUCCCUCAGAUUCGUGUGCUGGACUUCCAGAAAGUGAAGAUGAAGGAACGGCAGGAGGCGGAGAAAAUGUUCAAGGGAAAACGAGGUGCUCAGCUUGCAAAGGAUAUUGCCAAGCAACCCAAAACGUUCACGCCGGGGGCAGCUCAGCAGCUUGAGAAGAAGAAGACAGGACCCUCCUACUCAGAUGUGGAGGCUAUUAAGAAUGCCAUUGCCAAUGCGUCGUCAUUAGCAGAGGUGGAGCGGUUGAAGGGGAUGCUGCAGGCUGGUCAGAUCCCCGGCCGAGACCUCAGAGGUGCUGGUGAUAUGGUGGAGGAGGAAGAAGAAGAGCAGGAGGAGGAAGGUGACAUGGCACAGAUGGAAACCAACAUGGCCGGAGUGACUGUAGAGAUGGAUAACGGCCAAGCUGUGGAAGCGAUGGAAGAAGAGCCCCAUGUGAAUGGAUCAUGAGGAUCCUGAGAAGUUUCUUUUCUUAUGUUUUUUUUUAAGCUUGAUUUGUAAUUUGUUUAAAUACAUUAAACUGAUA